AUGGAGUUGCAACGAGAGCGUGAAUUACAAGAAGAAGCUGAACGCCAGCGAGAGUAUCGCGAAAGACAGCUCCAAAUGCAAAGAGAAUACGAGUUGGAAGAGCAGCAGGAAAUUGAGCGACAACUGCAACUUCAACAGGAGCGCGAACGUGAGCGUGAAAUACUAGAACAACAAGAGCGCGAAAGGGAAUUGCAAUUACAACGUGAGCGUGAAAUUCAGGAACAGGAAGAGCGAGAUCGGGAGCAUCGCGAACGACAACUACAAAUUCAACGAGAGCGUGAAAUUUAUGAAAGACGUGAGCGUGACAUCCAAGACUCUCGCGACCGCGCAACUCCUGAAAGACGUGACCGUGAAUUCGGCCAACCUCAGACCCCGUCACCUCGCUCGUCUAUACAAGUUCAAGCACAACAGAAGCCUUCUCGUCAAAAUACGCCCCCCCAGAUGGUUACUGUUAAGGACAAUGUUCAUGACUGGGUUGAAAACCAGCGUUCAACUGUAAGGGAAUUCCGAGAGAACGAUUGGAAUGAAAAACACGUACGCGAUGAUGACUAUGUACCUCCUAAGGACAAUGAUUGGAAUGAUAGGGAUAGUGCAAGAAAAACUUCAAGAGACACUGACUGGGAUAAUCCGGGACGAAAGUCGUUGAGGGAUCCUGAAUGGUUCGACAAAGGUGGCAAGCGUGGUGGGAGCGACAGGGGAAGAGAUAGAGAUGUAGAUAGGGAAGUGGAUCGAAGUAGAAAAAUCUCUAGGGAAGAAUUUGAUGAGAUGAAUCGGCGCGGUGGCCGUGAGGAUUGGGAACGAGGGCAUAAUCAAAGGGAUGAGAGGGGUAAUUAUCCGGAUAAUAAUUGGUCUGAAAGGGAAAGACGCUCACAACGCGAAUCACGGGAUAUGGAUUGGGAGGAGCGAAACCAACGAGGCCGAAGAGGCCCGCGGGACCCUCGAGAUCUUGAUUGGGACGAUAGAGACAGACGUCCUCUUCGCGAUCCUCGAGAUUCCGACCGGGAUAAUCGUGGUACUCGCGACCGUCGAUUAGUACUUAAUGAGCGGGAGAGAUCUAAUCCACGUGAUUACCGUGACUCUGAGUGGGACGACCGUCGAUAUCCCUCACCGCGCGGAUCACGAGAUUAUGAAUGGGAAGAACGUGGUCGUCCUAUUCGCCGGACUGUUCAUGAUCGAGAUUGGGAAGCCCAUAAUGAUCGCCCAUCACCUCGCGAAUAUGAUUACGAUGACCGCGGUCGCCCGAUACCGAGAGAUCCGCGUGACAUUGACUGGGACGAAAGGGCAUCAAGACCUAGUGAAGGUGAUUGGGACGAGAGAGGUAAUAGAGGAUUGUCUCGAAAUCAUCGUGAAUUUGACAGAGACGACCGGUCAUCACGUUACAGUGCGAAAGAUAUGAGGGAUGAAAGAAGUCGGGUUUCGCCACCCGGGGGUGAUAAUAAUGUACCGGAUAACCAUCAAAGGGCCUCCUUAAAGGAGGGUGAACGUGAAUACGAUGAUGGACGUGCUCUCUCAAAUGGGCCCAAUAAAGCUCAAGACGAUAAACCGUCAGCGGAAGGACAAAGACAUUUAACUUCUCAACCUAUGACACGAGUAGUGUCGCUUCCUCCUUCUCCUGAAGAAUUAGGAAUCACUGAUGUGGCCGAAGAGUUGAGUAGUUUGCGUGAAAUUGUAGAGAAUUUGGACCUUGAAACGGAUUCAUUUGACGAGGAAAUCGGCCUUGAAAAGGAUGACGACUCUACUAUUACUCGUCCAAUUCGGAUUACCGAAGAUACAUGGAAACAACUGGCAUCGUUAAAUAAUAAUGGAGAGAAUGGCAAUUUCGUUUAUGAUAAUGUUGAAGAUCGAUCAGAUGACAAAGCUGCAAUUGAAGAGGGUGACGUUUCCGAGUCUCAACGAAAGACAAUAACACCCAGUGACCAGUUAACGGACGCAUCUCUGUUAUCUUCAGCAAUUGAGACGCUGGCUGAAUCAGUUGGAACACUUAAUACAGAGCAAAGUCAACCGAUUGUUGGCGGGGCUGAAACUGAAACUGCUGGCAGCCCAGUUCCUAAAGUUACGUCUGCUCGACAGAGAGCGCUGAGAAGGGAUCGAUUAGCCGGAUCACCUGGGGCGAUGUCUACUCAUGAGAAAGGAUUGCUUUUCCUGCAACUCCCUUU